UGUGACUGCCUUAUCAGCUUGAAGUAAUUUAUCAAUACAUAAAAACCGCAUAAUUCAAAAAAAACUGAGGCAAAAAAUUAUUAAAUUUGUUAAAUUAUUGAAAAACAUUAAUUAAAUGUUGCUAUAGUAAAAAAAACACAAAAUAUGGGCAAUACAAUAACCGUAGCGCAAGUGGCAGCAACUCAAAUUAUUUCACCGAAUACUGGAUUUAACAAUCCAUAUCAAGAUGAUUUACAUGAUAAAGAUACAGUGCGUUCAAUGCAUCAUAAAUUUCAACAUCCGAAAUUAGAUAAUAUAGAUGUCUCAAAAAUCCCACCAGAAUGCCCAAUGCACAAAAAAGUGCAAAAGAGUGAAUGUCCUGUACAGCAUGGGAAUGAUGAUAUAAAUCCACUGAAUAUGAUGCCACCAAUGAAUCAAAAUCCAGCCCCAGAUCAACCAUUUCCAUUGCCAACAGAUCGACAAGUUUCAACAAUACCCAAAGCAAUUACAGAGAGUGAUAAACCUGAAUUUUGGGUUUAUCCAAGUCAACAGAUGUUUUGGAAUGCCAUGUUAAGAAAAGGUUGGCGAUGGAAGGAAGAAGAUAUCCGUCCCAAAGACAUGGAUCACAUAAUUAAAAUCCAUAAUGCAAAUAAUGAACAAGCCUGGCAAGAAGUACUUAAAUGGGAAGCGUUACAUGCUAAAGAAUGCUGUGAACCAAAAUUGAAAAGCUUUGGUGGUAAGGCUAGUCAAUACAGCCCAAGAGCUCGAAUUCGUGCUUUAAUGGGUUACGAAUUACCGUUUGAUAGACACGAUUGGAUUGUAGAUCGUUGUGGCAAAGAUGUUCGUUAUAUAAUUGAUUAUUAUGAUGGUGGAGCUGUGGAUGCCAAAUAUAAUUUUGCGAUAUUGGAUGUAAGGCCGGCAAUGGAUAGUUUUGAAAACAUAUGGGAUCGUAUGAAAGUUGCUUGGUGGCGUUGGAGAUAUGAGUACUUAGACAAUAGCAGCACUCAACAAAACACUGUCGAAUAAAUAUCAAUCGUAUGACCAUUACUCUCUAGCAAUCGUUAAAAAAUCGUUAUAUGUUAAUGCUUGGAAGUAAAAUAUAAUUAUUUUAAGUUUGUAAAGAUA